UAGAAGAAAACGUCACAAUCAGCUGACUUGAGUUGCGUGUUGAUGUGUACUUUAGAGACAGUUUAAAGCCAAGCAUUUACUCAAUUUAAAAUAUAAAGUAAAUAAUUUAGCGUUAGUGAUUAAGUUAGCCAUGUUACGACCGAAAGCAUUAACGCAGGUUCUCAGCCAGGCCAACACCAACGGAGUCCAAAGCACACUUUUACUGAACAAUGAAGGUUCCCUGCUGGCUUACUCUGGAUACGGGGACACCGACGCUCGGGUCACAGCCGCCAUCGCUAGCAACAUCUGGGCAGCCUACGACAAGAAUGGCCACCAAGCUUUCAACGAAGACAAACUCAAAUUCAUCCUCAUGGAUUGUAUGGAGGGAAGAGUGGCCAUUACACGUGUAGCCAACCUGCUCCUGUGUAUGUACGCCAAAGAGACGGUGGGCUUCGGUAUGCUUAAAGCCAAGGCAGAGGCCCUGGUGCAGUACCUGGAGGAACCAUUAACUCAAGUGGCUGCAUCGUAGGGGACAUGAGAUUGAAAUGAUGCCUGAAAAGGAAAGCAUCUUAUGAUCCGGGUCAUUCAUGGACUACUGCAACAUUCUGUAUAAAGUGUACAUGAAUGUCUCUAUGAGUGAGUGAAUGAAUGUUUGUUGGGGGGGGGGGGGGGGGGGGGCGUGUAUUUAUAAUCAUGGUAUUGAAACUAAUCAUUUGUUUGUUUGCCCUUGCUUGUGAGUCUUUUCAUCUUAUGGUCUGCUCUUUGCUCUUUGCUGAUUAUUCUAACUAUAAAAGUGAAUAUUUUAAAUCCUAUCAGGCGACUAAAAUGCAUAUUAUGUCAAAGGUUCAUGGAAAGUUUCAUAAGAAUUUUUGUCUUACAAAAAGCAGUGAGGAUUAUUUGCUGUGUUUUAUUUUAAAGCUGUAUAAUAAAGUGGAUUUAUAUUCA